AGGCGCGCCGAGGACAGUCCUUGUGGGGUCCUCGUGGCCGGCCAAGAUGGCUGCCCCCGCACUGAAGGCUCUGCUAGGCUGGUCAGGCUUGGCGCCGGGCUUCCUGCGUACUGUCAGUCCGCUUCUAGGGCAAACCCAGGUGAGGUGGAGCCGCUAUGGUGCUGAAUUCAGAGAUCCCCUAAUUGACAAGGAACAUUACCGCAAGUCUAUGGCAGAGCUCACCGAGGAGGAGAAAUAUGACCAGGAGCUCAAGAAAACUCAGCUCAUCAAAGCUGCCCCAGCGACGAAAACAAGCUCCGUGUUUGCAGACCCGGUGAUCAGUAAAUUCACCAACAUGAUGAUGAAAGGAGGAAACAAAGUACUGGCCAGAUCUCUCAUGAACCAGACUCUGGAAUCUGUGAAAAGGAAGCAGUUUGAGAAGUACCAUGCUGCUUCUGGAGAGGAACAGGCAACCAUUGAACGCAACCCCUACACCAUCUUCCGCCAAGCACUAAAAAACUGUGAGCCUGUAAUUGGGCUGGUACCCAUCCUCAGGGGUGGCCAUUUCUACCAGGUCCCUGUGCCCCUAGCUGACCGACGUCGCCGCUUCCUAGCCAUGAAGUGGAUGAUCACUGAAUGCCGAAAGAAUAAGCACCGGCGGACAUUGAUGCCAGAGAAGCUGUCACAUGAGCUGUUGCAGGCCUUUCACAACCAAGGCCCCGUAAUCAAGAGGAAGCACGAAAUGCACAAGAUGGCUGAGGCCAACCGAGCCCUGGCCCACUACCGUUGGUGGUAGAGGGGGAGGAAAGGUUCCCAUCAGAGCCCAGGGCCUCUGCCAUUUAAAAACAAGAAAACCUUAUGAGCCACUGUUCUCUUGAAAAGUACCUGUGGGUUAAGGAUAUAGUUCCUUUUGAGAAGAAUGGAGCAGCAUGUUUGUUGCCUAUCAGUCCUCUUCCUUUGGGGCUAGAAUAGCUCUCCCUGUCCCAUCUCUUUGUAAAGAGAGAACAAGUCAACUUAUUGAUUUUCUCCAAGAAACUCAGGGCCCAGGCUUCUCUUCACCUCAGAGUGGGCCUUCGGAUACUAUGAAAGGAAGAAAUUUUUGUAUUAGAAAUGAUUAUUAGAAAAUCUUUAAUCUGAACUAGUAUAACACAUUAUGUAAGAACUACCAUUCAUUAAAACUGGCUGGAGGAUA